AUGGUUGUGCUAUCAACAGACGUUAUUAUUGCACUUGUAGUUAUUGCUGUCGUUAUUGUUCUUGUUUUACUCACAAUUUUAAUUUGUUGCCUUUGUCGACAAUGUGAUCGUUGUGCAUUAUGGACAAGACGUGUUCAACUCGCUCGAGAUGAAGCAGAUACAAAACGACAAAUAGAUGAAAGUAGACGAGAACUAGAAGAACAAGCAAGAGAACAUAGAAUUGCUGCUGAUAAUUUGAGAGUGAAAUACAAUUUAAAUGGUCAUUCGUCGAAUGCUGUUGUUAUGUCGUAA